GGGAAGCUCUGUGGUCUCAUGGGGGGUCAGGGUGGGGCGGUCAGGAGGCACCACCUCUGAUCUGUAAACAUUCUCCCACGUCAACAUGAGCACGUGCCCUCCUCAUCCUCCUCAUUAGCUGACGCAAAGAUGCCUCUGCUGCUGAUUGGUCCAAAGUUUUACUGUUUUGCCAUUGUGUGUGUGACUGUGUGUGCGCGCGCGCGCGUAUGUGAGUGUGUUUCUGAUCCAAUGCUAAAUAAAAGGCCUGAGCAGAACUUGUCCGACCAGCUGUCUCAGGGACCCAGCAGAACCGACAGAACCAGAACCAUGUUCGCCGCCUGCCUGGAGGUCCUGGGGAUGAUCCUGUCCGUCGCCGGCUGGCUGCUGGUGAUGAUCGCCUGCGGGCUGCCCACCUGGAAGGUGAACGCCUUCAUCGAGGGCAACAUCGUGGUGGCGCAGACCAUCUGGGAAGGGCUGUGGAUGUCCUGCGUGGUGCAGAGCACCGGACACAUGCAGUGCAAAAUCCACGACUCGGUGCUGGCGCUGGCGCAGGACCUGCAGACGGCCCGCGCCCUCACGGUCAUCUCGGCCGUGCUGGGGGUCGUCGGGCUGACGGUGACGGUGGCCGGGGCGCAGUGCACCAACUGUCUCAAGGAGGAGACGGUGAAGAGGAGGGUGGUGUACGCCGGCGGGGUCGUCUACAUCCUCUGCGGGCUCUUCGUGCUGGUGCCCCUCUGCUGGAUGGCCAACAACAUCAUCACGGACUUCCACAAUCCGAAGGUCCCUCCCGCUCAGAAGAGGGAGAUCGGGGCGUCCAUCUACAUCGGCUGGGCCGCCGCCGCGCUGCUGCUGUCCGGCGGCACGCUGCUCUGCUGCUCCUUCUCCCGGGGAGCCAGAAGCUCCUUCCCCAUCAAACUGGCUCCCACCAAGACCAUCACGGUCAGCGGCGAGUUUGACAAGAAGCACUACGUGUAAACCCACUGGAGGACAGUUUUGUUUAUUGGACUUUUAGUUUGGCGGAAGCCCGUCCAGUUUCGGACGGUUCGCUGACCCGGAGCUCAGAAGUUCGCAGGAGAAAAGCCUGUAAAAAUAUGAAUGUUGUUGAAAUGAAGGUGAAUUACUGAGGCGGUUCGUAGCGGGUCAGCACCGCCAGGAGCCUGAACUCUGAGGACAAUCAGAACCAGAUCAUUAUAACUAAGGGCUGGGAUGUGGCGAGGUUCCGAUCCAGUCACUGACUGUAAAACCGAGCAGGUGUUGUGGUUGAGUUUUCUACUGUUUUUGUCAUUUUUGUACAGAUUUCUUUUUCUUAUAAACAAUAAAGCAAAAUGUACUGUACUUCCUUUUUUUACAUAAAGAGUCUCAUGUGAUAUUUGAAGUAUUUUCGUUUUUCUUUAGAAAAAGAAAUUAAGUAAGAAACAUGAAUUAUACCAAUACUGACGGAAGGCUAAUGGGACAGAUGCAGGGCUCUCUGGUGAACAUGGUAACAAGACUUCAAUUCAGAAACGAAGAUCUCAUCUUUAUUUAGGGGUGAGUUAAAUUCACUAGGGAUUAUCUUAUGCAUACAAAUUGAGCCUUUGUGGAAAAAAAUACUUUUUAAGACAAUCAGAGUGUCUAUGAACUUUGAAUUAGUUGCAUUAAUAUGGAACUAUAAUUUGGGAUGGGCACAUUUCUGUUAGAACCUCUUGAGGAUGGAAAAGAAACAUGGCAGAAAGGCAGAUGGGCAUCGAUUUAAAGGCAAUGGUUUCAACAGGAGAGGAACGUAAAUACCGAGAGCCAUCUGUACUGUCAAAGUCUUUAUUAAAACUUUUAAAGGCAGAAAUAGAAACAUGGAAAAGAAAAAAAUAAAUAAGAGGUUGGACUAAAGAUUAUCUGGUUCCACGCCUAGAACGUUAACUUAAUGGAGGGGAAAGUAAAUCCAGAGAUGGUACAGAGCUCCAGCGUAACGCCCUCCUCCAUGGCAACCAUUUAUUCAAAGUCUUUUGGACUUUACUUAUCUAAAACAAUUGUGACAAUAUUCAUUUUAAUCAGAUCAUUUUAAGUAUAAGUUAUUGUCCUGUUCAGUACUGAUAACAUUUUUAGUUUAAAAGUGUAAUAUGUUUUUUUCCAGACACAUAGAGCCAUUUUAUAGCACAACUCUGUUACCUUCAGUUGUUACAAAAAUGCUGCAUAUUAAACGUAAUUUGUUGCCUUAAAAUUGGGCAUCUGUCUCUUUAAGAAGUUCCAGCUCCUUCCAACACUCUGCUUUCAGCACAACAUGGCUCCUCCAUCAGGCUGUUUACAACCAUCCUUUAGAGCACUGAGCUGAGUGGAAGUUUGACAAACUCAGUGUUCCACCACUUCCACCAGGUGUUUGCUAAUGGCUGCUGGCUAGUCUGAAGGAGCCGAGUGGUGAGACUCAGCUGGAGACUGCAGCUCCAAGGAGGAGCUUUGUGCAAAUAUGUAGCUAUUUGAACAAGUAGGCAUUUAGGCUCACCUGAAUGAUUGCCAUGGGAGAUACAAGAAUUUUUUCAAACAUGCAUGACAAAAAAAAGCUACUUCAACACCAACCACUUUAAAUUUUUUAUUUAGAAGGGGUUCCAGUGCCCAACAUUCUCCAACUAAAUGCUCCAAACUGAAUUUAAGCUGAAAUCAACAUCCAAAUGCAAGGAGAAUAAAAUUUUAUAUUUUCAUUUUUUCUGUCCUUUCCAUAUUUCAUUGUGUUUUGCAUGUCCUGGGAACGUCACACAAAGUCUGUCAAACUGCAAAUCUAAGAGUCUUUCAUACGUCUACAUGUCAUAAACGAAGGCUUUCAGCAGCCUGUUAAACUGACUGACCUAAUACAAACUGACUGACCUAAUAACGGAUCAAAAGUUGCUUCAGCAAAGUGUCACUUUAAGAGCCUGCACAUGUAUUAUUGACUUGUCAAGUUACAUACCAAACCUUUCAGAUAUAUUAUAAAUAAAAUAAACAUCUGAAGUUUCAUCUUCAAAGAUGAAGUUAUUUGGACAACGUGUGUGAAGACCUAAACAAAAUCCCCUACCACACCCUGCUAGCUAGAGGAAACCUUCAGGAACUUGGCCCCCAUAAGUGCUUGUGUAAAAGCUCCUGUUUGUAUGUGAAAUAAAUAGGACUAUUAAGCUGAGGUUGUGGUAAUCAGGUUGGCUUUUCACACGCGGUAAACGAGUGGCGCGGCUGCAGCGAACAAUGCUCCCUAUCGUCAGCACAAUCAGCAGGGAGCCAUUCCAGCAUCCGGAAUCUUGGCCUAGAUCAGCAGUCAGAGCCUUCACAUGGAGUAACGGAGAGGAAAGGAGUAAACACACACACACACACAGACUGGAGCUGCUUCUUCCCACCAUCAUUCCAAGCUCAAACCGCUGCGUUUUUAUUAACACCUGCACAUAAUAAAUUACAAUCAAAUAUGUACACGCUGAGCGCUGAAAGGCAUGUGAGGCAAACACACGGUGUGUCAUCACACACACCUUCAGAUAAUGAAUCAAAACUGUUUCAAUUAGAGCGUCUUUAACGCAGCGGAGAACUAAACAUUCUGAUGAUCUGCAAGUGUGAUCACAGUGUUCCUAUUACACAACCGCUCCUGAUGUUACAAUGCAGAAAUAGGUCAAGACGCACGAAGGCUCUGUCGCCCCCUGGUGGUCGGACCUCUGAAUGGCACAUGAUGAACAGUGGAAAAAAAAAAAAAAAGGAUUCUGGGAACGGUUUGGAACAGUACGUCAACAUAAACCCAGAAACCUCUACACUUAAAAUAUGACAUUUGGAGAAAAGAUGUCCUGAUUUUAAAUAUUUUAAGAACUGGACAGUAAAGCUCUUAUUUCAUUUCCUAUGUGUUUCAAUCAAUGCCAGAAUAUCUUGCUGGUUUAAAACCACCUGAAUCUUCUCUUCAAGCCUCAGCUAACAUCAACAAAAAGGCCUUUACCAUUGGGAAAACGA